AUGCCCGCCCUCCCGCCCACCCCCACAACAGCCACCCACUUCACAGCCGACCUGCACGACCGCCACCUCAUCUACGACUACGCGGCGCAGGACGCCGCCGGCAACCCGGAGAAAUGGCGCUACGAGAUGUGGUUCUACAACGAGGACCGGAUCGUCUACGCCAUCCACGGGGGGCCCAUGGCGGGCCGCAGGAACUUCCAGACCGCGACGUACCAAUGCAUCCGGCCGGGGGAGCUGUGGCAGUGCAACUGGCUCGAGGAGACGGGGACCAUCUGCUCGCUGGUGUUCGAUAUCCCGAACCAGAAAAUCACGACGUUGAUCGCGUUCUCCAAGGGCCAUUGGGAGCGGAAUGAGGAGGCCAAGGGGGACAAGCGGAACCCGGAGGAUUUGGAGCGCUGGAGGGGUUUGGCGCGGGUCGGCUGUCAGACGGAUCGGGUAAUGCUUAGUGAGCAGGCGGAUAUCCUGGAGGAUUUUCGUGGGCCCGGGGAGUUGGAGGGGAUUGAGAUGGGGUGGUCUACCUUGUAG